UAUACGCCAUUAUUUGACACACUGACUCAUGCAGUCUUUUUAUCUGACUUCGAGGUCUUCAAAUAUACCUUCCAGAAAUUCAAAUUCCCCAAAUUAAACCCCUUCAAAAACCCUAAUCCUACAGAAGCAUUAUCUCUCCUCUCAUGGCUUCUCCCAAUGAUCGUUACACCUUCGUCUACCUCGCCAAGCUCGCAGAGCAAGCUGAACGCUAUGACGAAAUGGUUGAUUCAAUGAAGAAACUAGCGAAUUUUGAUGUCGAUUUAACAGUCGAAGAGCGUAAUCUCCUCUCUGUUGGAUACAAAAAUGUCAUCGGAGCUCGACGAGCUUCUUGGAGAAUUCUUUCGUCGAUUGAGCAGAAGGAGGAAUCGAAAGGAAACGAAGUGAAUGUUAAGAGAAUUCGAGAUUAUCGCCAUAAAGUUGAAUCGGAGCUCACUGAUAUUUGUAAUGAUGUUAUGAAGGUGAUUGAUGAUCACCUUCUUCCAUUCUCAUCUAGCAGUGAAUCUACUGUGUUUUAUUUUAAGAUGAAAGGUGAUUACUAUCGUUACAUAGCGGAAUUUAAGGCUGGUGAUGAGAGAAAAGAAGCUGCUGAUGAAUCGUUGAAAGCUUAUGAGGCAGGAAUUGCUACAGCGGAGGCGGAUUUACCAUCUACUCACGCAAUACGCUUGGGCUUGGCACUCAAUUUCUCAGUCUUCUAUUAUGAAAUCAUGAAUUCUCCUGAAAGGGCAUGUUUCUUGGCAAAGCAAGCUUUUGAUGAGGCUAUCUCAGAGUUGGAUAAUCUAAGUGAGGAGUCUUACAAAGAUAGCACAUUGAUCAUGCAACUUUUGAGGGAUAACCUUACAUUGUGGACUACUGACAUUUCACCUCCAGAUGAAGGAGAUGCCCCUCAGAAGGUGGAAGGUUCUUCUAAGGCCAUUGCUUGCGAACGCGAGUGAACCUGUCUGGGACAAGAUCGGUUAAGUAUAGAAAUAUAGCUCAGACAAGUUAAUGCUAUCUGUCUAGUUUUGUAGUUUUAAUAUGGUGUGUUUGUCGACAUGUUAAUAGAUAUGUUUAGAUUGUGAUGUUCACUGUGUCCAAGACUUUAGCUUGCUGUUGCUCUUUCAUGGACCAGAUCAAGGUUGUUGACAAGUGAUGCUUCUGUUGGUGUAUAAUUGUACUAUUGUAGCAAGAGUCGAAAAGUUUCUUUUUUUCUUCUUUUUUUUGGUUUUGGUUUAUUCCAUAGUUUAUAUCACUAUGUUUUCUGGAA